AUGCCAGUGGCGGAGAUGGAGCCGUAUCUCCCUCCAGUCUACCUCAGUCUACCCUCCAGUCUCCCUCCAGUCUACCUCAGUCUACCCUCCAGUCUACCUCAGUCUACCUCAGUCUACCUCAGUCUACCCUCCAGUCUCCCUCCAGUCUACCUCAGUCUACCCUCCAGUCUACCUCAGUCUACCUCAGUCUACCCUCCAGUCUCCCCUCCAGUCUCCCUCCAGUCUACCCUCCAGUCUCCCUCCAGUCUACCCCACAGUCUACCCUCCAGUUUCCCUCCAGUCUACCCUCCAGUCUACCUCAGUCUACCCUCCAGUCUACCCUCCAGUCUACCUCAGUCUACCCUCCAGUCUCCCUCCAGUCUACCCUCCAGUCUACCCUCCAGUCUACCCUCCAGUCUACCCUCCAGUCUACCUCAGUCUACCCUCCAGUCUACCUCAGUCUACCCUCCAGUCUCCCUCCAGUCUACCCCACAGUCUACCCUCCAGUCUACCCCACAGUCUACCCCUCAGUCUCCCUCCAGUCUCCCUCCAGUCUACCCCUCAGUCUCCCUCCAGUCUACCCCACAGUCUACCCUCCAGUCUCCCUCCAGUCUACCCCACAGUCUACCCUCCAGUCUCCCUCCAGUCUACCCCACAGUCUCCCUCCAGUCUACCCCUCAGUCUCCCUCCAGUCUACCCCUCAGUCUCCCUCCAGUCUACCCCACAGUCUCCCUCCAGUCUACCCUCCAGUCUCCCUCCAGUCUACCCUCCAGUCUACCCUCCAGUCUCCCUCCAGUCUACCCUCCAGUCUACCCUCAAGUCUACCCUCCAGUCUCCCUCCAGUCUCCCUCCAGUCUACCCUCAAGUCUCCCUCCAGUCUACCCUCAAGUCUACCCUCCAGUCUCCCUCCAGUCUACCCUCCAGUCUCCCUCCAGUCUACCCUCCAGUCUACCCUCCAGUCUCCCUCCAGUCUCCCUCCAGUCUACCCUCAAGUCUCCCUCCAGUCUACCCUCCAGUCUCCCUCCAGUCUACCCCUCAGUCUCCCUCCAGUCUACCCCACAGUCUCCCUCCAGUCUACCCUCCAGUCUCCCUCCAGUCUACCCUCCAGUCUACCCUCCAGUCUCCCUCCAGUCUACCCUCCAGUCUACCCUCAAGUCUACCCUCCAGUCUCCCUCCAGUCUCCCUCCAGUCUACCCUCAAGUCUCCCUCCAGUCUCCCUCCAGUCUACCCUCAAGUCUACCCUCCAGUCUCCCUCCAGUCUACCCUCCAGUCUCCCUCCAGUCUACCCUCCAGUCUACCCUCCAGUCUCCCUCCAGUCUCCCUCCAGUCUACCCUCAAGUCUACCCUCCAGUCUCCCUCCAGUCUACCCUCCAGUCUCCCUCCAGUCUACCCUCCAGUCUCCCUCCAGUCUCCCCCACAGUCUACCCUCCACAGUACCCCUCUCCCCCUCUCCCCCUCACCUCCUCUCCCCCCUCUCCCCCCGGCCCCCCUCACCUCCUCUCCCCCUCACCUCCUCUCCCCCCGGCCCCCCUCACCUCCUCUCCCCCCUCUCCCCCUCACCCCCUCUCCCCCUCACCUCCUCUCCCCCCGGCCCCCCUCACCUCCUCGGCUCCCCUCACCUCCUCUCCCCCCGGCUCCCCUCACCUCCUCGGCUCCCCUCACCUCCUCUCCCCCCGGCCCCCCUCACCUCCUCUCCCCCCUCUCCCCCUCACCCCCCGGCCCCCCUCACCUCCUCUCCCCCCGGCCCCCCUCACCUCCUCUCCCCCCGGCCCCCCUCACCUCCUCUCCCCCCUCUCCCCCUCACCUCCUCCCACCCCCCGGCCCCCCUCACCUCCUCUCCCCCCUCUCCCCCUCACCUCCUCACCCCCCGGCCCCCCUCACCUCCUCUCCCCCCGGCCCCCCUCACCUCCUCUCCCCCCUCUCCCCCUCACCUCCUCACCCCCCGGCCCCCCUCACCUCCUCUCCCCCCGGCCCCCCUCACCUCCUCUCCCCCCGGCUCCCCUCACCUCCUCGGCGUGCUUCCUCAGCGCCUUCUCCCGCUCGUACUGGGUCAUGAGCUGCUCGUUGUCCUCCUUCAGCAGCUCCAGCUCCACUUCGUGCUCCUGGUUCUCCGCGAACACCGAGUCCAGGUUCUCCAGCACGGCCACCACCAGCGGCAUCAGCUCCUUCACCACGUCCUCGUCAUACUUCCCGAUGAGCCGCUCGAACUCCCGGUAG